CUCAUCCCUUCCUUGCAGCAACUCAACCAGGAGUAUGACAUAUUGUACAACCUGUCUACUUCUCAUCUUUUAAUCAAUCUCUCUACGGAUAAGCGAUAGAGAAGCCAUCGUCUCCUCGUGUUCGCAGCAAAGAACUCAGUUCAAUCGUCAAUCGGAUUCCAUCAUCGCUGACUUGCCCCGCGCCGAUUCGCAUCUCAAUCAACCCGUGGCGCAUGCGCAGACGAGUACGAGUAAGCCCACCAUCACAUCAACCCCCACCACUUGACAGCGUCAGUCGGUGAGACCCAAGCCACUACCAUCCUCGCUAUCCUCGCUAUCUCCUCAACAAAGUCCUGGCCUGGUCGACCAUUUUGGGCACGUCCGACCUCGGUGGCCUCCUAAUCCCAUCGCUUUCCAACCCGAGCAAGAUUACGUCUCAGUGUAGGAUAACUGCGCGCUCUCUCGAGACCAACCCAAUCCUCCCCCUCGGCAUUAUAGACUGACCGGCUCACUCAAUACUCCAACCCCAACAAGCGAUUCGCAUGAACAAAGAGGACACAAUGCGGCCAGUCGAGAACGAACUUUUCGGGCUGCCGAAAGAGGAGCGCGACAAUCGCCUUCCUGCAGGCACAGACAAUCCUUCCAUGCCAUCGUCACGUAUCCGAGGCUUGCACUCAGAAGGUCAACGGCGUCUAACAUUGAGAAUGGAAUCAAGCGCUGACAUUUCACCAGACUCCUGGAUCGAGAUCUCAUCGCGUCCCUCAUCCUCUUCCUUGUCGUCCACAAGUAACGAUAUAAUCACCACCGGUCUCCAGGUCCUGCCUCGAGAUGAACGGCUGUCUCGUCAGCGCCACGCUUCAUCACACCUCAACACUUCUCAGCCACGAGCGACAAGCACUGCGGGAAGCAGUCAAGAUGAAUACGAAGAAAGUGAGAGUGACAGUGAUCGGGUUCUGAGUAGUUCAAAUGAGGAUAUCUCUCAAGACGAGGCUGCCGAUGAUGAUGAUACCUCGACAGCACUAGGUGUGGGCACAAUGGACAAGCCAUUCACACCUCAGCCAAACGCCUUCAGUCAUCCUCCUUCAUCCCAGCCGCGAACUAUCCCAGACUCGUACUUCCCUCCUGUGCCGGCGUCUACAGAAGACCGUCCAUCGAAUGAACGGACCAUCACUCAACGAAGUUAUCAACGACAGACCCAAACCCGUCAGCGGACCUACACUUCUUCUUACCAACCAGACCAUGACGCGGCCUUGAGAGCAUCCUUGACAACCUUGCUGUCAUGCGCUGCUGCAGUACGGCCCAAAGGAGGCCCCGAACCACGACCCGCAGCACCAACUUCCCGGCCUUCUGCCCAGCCAACAUCCUUGCGGUUGGUGGCAGAAUCCGAGAUUGACGGUCCAUCCAGGCCUCGACCCAAGAGGACUUCGUCGCCCAAACAAACGAAACGAAAGUCCAGAGAAUCCAGCAAAGAGCGUCACUCCAAGAAGGUGCGGCCUACCAAAGCAGCCGUUUCUGGCGAGGAACUCAUCAGCCCGACCCUGGCUUCGUGGAUGAUAUCGGCCGGCGUCGUCCUCGUCUUUUCGGCCAUCAGCUUCAGUGCUGGUUACGCUUGGGGUCGUGAAGUCGGCAGAUUCGAAGGCGAAAUCGGCCUCACAGGCGGUAGCUGCAACCGGGAAGCCAUGCGUGGCACCGGCUCUGGUCUGAGGCGACUUAGGUGGACAUCGGCGGCGAGCAGUAUCAGCGCUUAACAGCCCCUGUGAGCGCAGGAUCAUGACACUUCUCUCUCUCUCUCUCUCUCUCUUUGUGUUCUCCUUGACCAGGCGUUAUAGUGAGUUCUCGAGAGUACCAGAAAAAUGUGGUACCAAGGAAAGAAAGGAAGACGAGCAUUUAUAUUCAUGAAUAAAUGGGCAUGGGGAAAACCAGCAACAAACUAAUUGCGGGACGAUGACGGAUGAACAUGGAUAUGCUGAUGCUGGAUAUGAUUGAUUGAUACCCCUUUUUAUGGCAUGGCAGAGAGUUAUUGCCUCUGUUAUUUUCUUUUUCUACAUCACCAACGUGCUUUUUCUUUUUGUUUGGCUUGGACGACUGGUUUGAUGCGAUAUGGUAUAUGCGAAGGAUUUCCGAAACGCACGAUACACGAACAAUGAAACAAACUUGAAUAUCAACAUACGCAUGAGCAUGGGAAAUGGUUGUGACGCGGUGCUUUUCUUUUGUGUGGUGUGGUGUGGCACGGGUUUGCUGGUGCUGGUGCUGGGGUUGCCAAAGUCUGACUGACAUGAUUGUUUAUCCCCAGAGUAUGGAGAACUCUCUGUGCGAGUACCUACCUACCCUAGAUCAGCACAUAUAUCAGACGAGAGCGUCGAGUUCCAGAGACCUGCUUGUCCUGAGAGGGGGAGGAAGGAAGGAAGGGGGAAUGGGGCGAUAAUACAAUUGUGGUUGACUGAGCCCUUUCUCUCGUUUGAUUUACGUAUGAUUUUCAAGUCAGGGCCUCAAUACACGAUGGGAUAAACUUCCGUGUACUUCUCGAGUCUUCAAGAACGAGCGCGGUGAGGACUUGUAUGCUUUGGGUUCUCGGUCAUGCAUUGAGCUAGGAUUUGGUGCAAAGUCCCCUUUGCUCUCCUUCUGUCUGCACUCGGGGGUGGGCGCUUUUGCCUC